AGAAGGAAAAGGUAAGCAAAACUAUUCAUUAUUUUUCCCUUUUUUAUUUAAAAUAAGAUUUUUUCAUUAUUUUCUAAUCAAAAUCUGAUUAAAUUUGAUGCGAUAGACAAAAUUUUAAAAUUUUACUUGACAGCUGUACCGGGAUUGUAGGAACCAAGGAUCAAUUAUCUUGUUAGCUAUAUUAAAGUUUUAUUUUAAGCGAUCAGUUAUGAUUUCAAUAUUAAAGUGCCCAAGAACUGUUGUGUUUAUAAUUAAAAUUGCCAUUGGGAUGAAAAUGAAGUUGAUGAUUUCGAAAAUUAAAGGUAUAUGUCCCGCAUGUUCUUGUUUUUGUAUGAAUGCGGAAGUCCGUGCGUGCCUUCCAUGUUAUCCCCGCAUAUUUGUUAACGCCCAGUGAGCACUUGACUGAAAUAUAAGCUGGACUUUUAUAGAGGGUCAUCGUAACCAGAAGAAUGCAGACAAUCAAGUGCGUAGUAGUGGGGGACGGAGCCGUGGGUAAAACCUGUCUACUGAUCUCCUACACAACUAAUAAAUUUCCCUCGGAAUAUGUACCAACAGUGUUUGACAACUAUGCUGUGACUGUUAUGAUAGGCGGAGAGCCAUACACAUUGGGACUUUUUGACACAGCAGGACAGGAAGACUACGAUAGGCUACGUCCACUAAGUUAUCCACAGACCGAUGUUUUCCUAGUGUGUUUUUCAGUUGUGUCGCCUUCUUCGUUUGAAAAUGUGAAAGAGAAGUGGGUUCCAGAAAUCACACAUCACUGUCAAAAGACACCAUUCCUACUGGUGGGAACACAGGUGGAUCUGCGCGACGACGCGGCUACGAUAGAAAAACUCGCCAAAAAUAAACAGAAGCCAAUCUCUCCAGAACAGGGCGAGAAACUAGCAAAGGAACUUAAAGCUGUGAAAUAUGUGGAAUGUUCUGCUCUAACACAGAGAGGAUUAAAGAAUGUGUUUGACGAGGCUAUUCUGGCAGCAUUAGAGCCCCCAGAGCCCCCCAAGAAAAGGAAAUGUCUGCUGCUGUAGGCUUUUCACUUGCAACAACACACAUGUAUGGACUUAAACAGCAGAAAUGACUGAAACUCCUGUGGUAUCUCACAAUAUACAUACAACCCUGGGCAGGCAUCACAGAGAUUUACAUCCCGUUGUUCAGGAUGUGUCUAUAUCCACAGCAGUAGUGACUGAGAGUGUGUGGUGUUACCCCAGAUUUUUUGUGAACUGGAGUCUCUUGGGGGUAAAAAAAAUGGUAUGUAGCGAGCAAAGAAAAUCAUCAGUUGCUGUUGCCAAUUUUGCAGUUGACUACAGAAAAUUAACCAUAGAGAGACACCAGCUAUCUCCUCAAAUUGAAACUGAAAUUCACCAGGAAACCACUGGAUGUUUUAUUUGUGAUCCUAGUUCAUAUUCAGAUCACGUUUGAAGAUGAUGAAGAAAUGUCUUCUGGUUUUUUUCGUCUUCUCUAGCUUUUUGAAAAGCUGAUGUACAGGAUACAAAAUCAUGGAUACUUUCACUUGGUUAAUCAAAUAAUUCAGGAAUUUGAUAUAUGAAGAUGAGAAAUGUUGAAGGGGAUUUCAUUCAUAAAUUGGGUCAAAAGUUAUUAGAUUAUUUGUACCUGCCAAGAAAUGUGACAUGGAAGAUGCCGUUCGCAAGAUUGGAGUUUUGGUCACAAAUUGGAUUUCCAUACCAAAAUAUGAUACACCUGUGAGACCGACAGUCUUCUAUUAAAUGCAGACUGGAUUGAAAUUAGGGAGAAACAGAAAAGAAACUAUCCCAUGGUCAAAGGAAAACAUACUGAGGGUGCAUUUUGCUUAAAACUUGGGAGGUAUGAUCAUGGCUGCCCUGCAUUGUCACUGGCACUGGAGGAGGUGAAUACUGGCAAGACUCCAAUAGAUUUUUAAAAAUUGACACCCAUCAUGCAGAAUAAUGUUGCUCUUUUUUUUUUUUUUUUUAUGCAAAAA